GGCGGAGGGCGGGCAGCAGGCUCCAGGCCGCUUCUGAGGGCGGGGCUCCGGGCCGCGAAGUCCGCGAAGGAGACGGCCUCCCUACUGGCUGCCGCGGGCCUGGCGGGGUCGCGAAGGCGAGGCCCGGCCCAGAGCUCGGCCUGCCCUCUGCUCGCCCGUGGUCCCGCGGACUGGGGUGUGUGGGACCCGGCGGCUGUGAAGUGGACCGACGGAGGUCUCCCACAGUCUAAAUCCGAGGGGACAGUGUCCCAUCGAAUAUAGGUGUCGCGUGGAACCGUGUGGAACGCGUCCGUGCACGUAGAAUGAAUGUGCGCCACCAAAAGCGUCUGUGUCGUCAACGCAGAAUAGAACACGUUCCGCACGGACUCCAGAUACUGUUACCGAUAAAAGUAUGGCAAACUUCUUUGCAUCAAAGACCGUCACUGCACUUUCAGAUCUGCAUCCAAAUAUGGCUAAUCUGAAAAUAAUCGGUAUAGUUAUUUGGAAAACAGAUGUUAAAGGCUUUCCAGACAGAAAAAAUAUUGGGUCAGAAAGGUACACUUUCAGUUUUACCAUUCGCGAUUCACCCUCCCAUUUUGUAAAUGCAACAUCCUGGGGCAACGGAGAUUACAUCAGGUCACUUUCCAGCAGCUUUAGGGUUGGUGAUUGUGUGAUAAUUGAAAAUCCCCUGAUUCAAAGAAAGGAAUUUGAAAGAGAAGAAAAAUUCAGCCCUGCAACUCCUAGUGACUGUAAACUGUUGCUCAGUGAGAAUCACUCAACAGUAAAAGUUUGUUCCAGUUAUGAAGUGGACACCAAAUUACUUUCUUUGAUACACUUACCUGUUAAAGAGUCUCGUGAUUAUUAUUCAUUGGGUGACAUUGUUGCAAAUGGACCAAGUCUCAAUGGGAGAAUAAUUAAUGUGCUUGCAGCCGUGAGGUCGGUUGGAGAGCCAAAAUUCUUUACAACUUCAGACCGAAGAAAAGGCCAGAGGUGUGAAGUUAAGCUCUAUGAUGAGAUGGAGUCUUCUUUUGCAAUGAUAUGUUGGGAUAAUGAAUCCGUCCUACUUGCACAGAGCUGGAUGCCACGAGAAACAGUAAUAUUUGCCUCUGAUGUAAGAAUAAGUUUUGACAAAUUUCGGAACUGCAUGACAGCAACUGUAAUCUCAAAAACCAUUAUUACAACUAAUCCAGAUACACCAGAAGGUAAUAUCCUAUUGAAUUUUAUAAGAGAAAAUAAAGAAACAAAUCCUCCGGAUAAUGAAGUUGAUAGUCAUUUGAAAGAAUCGAUAAAUUUAGAUACAAUAGUUGAUGUCUAUACAGUUGAACAAUUAAAGAUAAAAGCUUUGAAGAAUGCAGGAAAAGCUGAUCCUUUCUAUGGAAUUAUUUAUGCUUACAUUUCUAUACUGAACAUUGAUGAUGAGACUAAAAAAGUAGUUCGAAAUAGAUGUUCUGGCUGUGGUUACAUUGUAAAUGAAGCUUCCAUUAUUUGUACAACUUGCAACAAAGAUUCUUCGGAAUUUAAAUCUGUUUUUCUCAGCUUUGAUAUGCUCAUCGAUCUUACUGAUCACACAGGCACCCUCCACUCCUGUAGCCUCACAGGGAGCGUUGCCGAGGAGACUUUGGGCUGCACGGUAAAUGAGUUUUUUGCAAUGACGGAUGAACAGAAAACAGCACUAAAGUGGCAAUUUCUCUUGGAAAGAAGCAAAAUUUACUUAAAAUUUUUUGCAUCCCCCAAAGCGAGGGGUGGAUUGAGAAUCAGUGUGUUGUCAUGUAAGCUUGCAGAUCCUGUUGAAGCAAGUAAGAACUUGUCUGGACAAGGAAAUAUUUAAACCAGAUAUCAUUUUAAGACUUGUUUUUUGUUUUAUUUUGUUUUGUUUUGUUUUAGCUGAGCCAUCCUGCCACCUGUUGGCAGCUCAGCGGCAGCUCAG